AUGAAUGCACAAAUAUCCUUCAUCGAGGGUCAAUUCAGCCUCAUACACAUCCCUCUUGCCCUCUACUCCUCUCUUCUGCAACCAAUACUCCAAGUCCUCCUCCCUCAUGGCGGCCCAACGCACCAAAGCGGCCCGGAAGGCCUCCUCGAAGGCCUCUCCCUCGACCACAAGCACGGCUUCCUCAACAUCAGCGUAACACCCAUCGAAUGCUCCAUCGUCUGCCACACCACCUGGGCACAGAAUGUCUUCGCACCAGUCAUUGCCCUGCUCCCCAAAGAAUCCUCCAGACAGGUGCAAAUAUCAAAAGAGAGCUACAUCGUCUUCAGCGUUAGUAGCGCAGGGAUGGAAGCCGGGCAGCGAGUCAUGGACCUAACAGCUCCCCUCGCUAUGGCAGGAAUCCCCAUCUUCUUCAUCACAACUUAUUACACAGACUUCAUCCUCGUCCCUAGCAAAGAUCGGCAAACAGUCGGGUCGGCACUCCUCGCUCGAGGGUUCGAGUUCUCCGAGAACGAUUCAGCGUAUGUAGCGCCGACACCGACCACGCAUUCCCGCAUCCCAAGCACGUCCUCCGACCCGCCGUCCACGCCGCCGCCGACGAACGUCGCCGAGCUGCAACUUCGCACGUUCAGCCAGCUGAAGAAGAGGCAUGUGGUACCGUUUGUAGAGCCAGGAUUGCAUCUUGUACAAUGUUCUGGGAAGGAAAUCUUACCUCAGGAUGAAUAUCGGAACGGGACGAACGGGAGUGUGCAGCAGAGCAGCUGGAUGGAAAAUAUCGAUCCCAGGCUUUACGUUGGGCUAGUAUCUGCUUUGGCACAGCAGCCUCGCUUUCUGUCGCUUACGCUGACACAAGAUGAUGCGCCUUCCUUGCUUGUGGACAAGAGUCUGCUGUGGCUGUUUGGGAACAGCAUCGCCGGUGACACGGAGGGAGAUUUGGUGCCGAUCUUCUUGGACUUGGUGGAUUUGCCGCUGGAGAGUACGGGCAUCGUUUGUGGGGUUGCGGGGAAGCUAGUUGAUGAGAUGAGGAUGCAGGAUCCUGCAGCUAGCCUUUCUUCGGAGCUGUCGUACUUGAGUACUGCGAGAGCCGGUGCCGUCAUUUUGGGCAGUGAAGGGAGUGCGAGGGCGUUGGAGGCGUUGUUGCCUUUAUUGGAGAAGGUGGAAGGACGGUAG